UACACAUUGUUUGUUUGUUUUUUUUUCCAGGAUUCUCCUCUGUUUGACUUGAUCAGGCAAACAAGGGAUCGUGAAGAAUCAGUUGACCACCCAGAAAUCGCCAGUGCAGCACAACAGCCAUCACAAAACAACCCUACAGCUGCAGAUCUUUAUUUGUCACCUUCAAGAACAACACAGCAGGGUGCUGGCACUAGUACUCCUACCUCAUCCAGUACAAAUGGACAGGGCCCUGCACCACCGCCACCUCAGCAGAGAUCUACCUCACUGUCAUUGUUUUACAAGAAAGUGUACCGCUUGGCAUACUUAAGGCUCAACAGCUUAUGUUCCAGCCUGUUAUCUGAAUACUCUGAGCUGGAGCAAAUCAUCUGGACACUUUUCCAGCACACACUGCAGCAUGAGUAUGAGCUGAUGAGGGACAGACACUUAGACCAGAUCAUGAUGUGUUCUAUGUAUGGCAUUUGUAAGGCAAAGAACAUUGAUCUACGAUUCAAGACUAUUGUUACUGCAUACAAGCAGCUUACAAAUACAAACCAAGAGACUUUCAAACAUGUUUUGAUCCGAGACGGAAAACAUGACUCUAUUAUCGUAUUCUACAACUUGGUCUUUAUGCAAAAAUUAAAAAGUAAUAUCUUGCAAUAUGCAUCUACAAGGCCUCCCACUUUGUCGCCAAUUCCUCAAAUACCACGAAGCCCUUACAGGUUUGCAAAUUCGCCAUUAAGAAUUCCUGGUGGAAACAUCUAUGUCUCUCCUUUAAAAAGCCCUUAUAAGUCAUCAGAUGGACUGCUGUCUCCAACAAAAAUGACGCCAAGGACUGGAUUCUUAGUAGCCAUUGGUGAAUCGUUUGGAUCUUCAGAGAAAUUUCAGAAAAUUAACCAAAUGCUGAGCAGCGCUGAACGCCCUACUAAGAGGACCGCACAAGACGGCACAGUCCCCAAACCGCUGAAGAAGCUCCGAUUUGAUGAACAUGAAGAGGCAGAUGGAAGCAAAACACUUUAUACUGAUUCGAAGUUACAGCAGAAACUUGCAGAAAUGACAUCCACCAGGACCCGAAUACAAAGGCAAAAGUCCGAAGAAUCAUCAAACUGUGUACCAAAAGAAGAGCAAUAA